GGCGUAUUUACUAAGAGUUUUGCCAACGAUUCGCAGUUGGUCAUUCUAAACACCUAAAUAUCUAUACAUAGAUAACCGGUAAACAAGGCGACCAGCCAUUCCAAUUCCAUUUCAUUUUUGGCAAUAUAAAGAGCUGUCUUCGCUGACUCAGAGUCAAAUCAAAGUCAGCAUCCCAUCCAGACAGCAGCAUGUUCAAGAUUGUCAUCAUCUCUUUGGCUUUUUGCCUGGCGGUCGUUCUUAGUGCUCCGGUUGACCACGUGACCUCCACCACCCAGCCACCGGUGGCCAUUCUGGAGUCAUCCCACGAGAAGCACCAUGAUGGAUCCUACCACUUCUCUUACCUCGGCGAGGAUGGCACUCACCGCAGCGAGGAAGCGGUGGUAAGGAACCAGGGCACUGAAAACGAGUACCUCGAGAUCAGCGGCUCCUAUUCCUACUUCGAUGCCAAUGGCAAGGAGGUAACCGUCACUUACAAGGCCGAUGACCAUGGAUUUGUUCCCGAGGGCGGUGCUAUCCUGCCUCAGAUUUCUCUGGCCGCCAAGCAGGUCAGUGAGCAGGUGUCCCAGCCAGAUCUUGAUUACGAUAAGCCUCCUAAGGUCUAAUAAAAGAAUGACAUCGGAACCUAGUUCUUGUAGUAUGGUGUAAGAGGGAAACAAGUUUAAGGUUGCGAUUUUAUCUAAAUUAAAGAAUAAGAAUAAUAAUUGUUCCAAUUUACGUUUAUGGCGAUUAAUCAUAAAAACCUUAGUUCCUAUCAUGGAAUUAUUAUCGGUUAUCGGUUUUUAAUUAUGACUUUGGCAGACUUUUUCAACGUUGCUAUCUUUGAGAAAU